AUGACCAAGACACAGUAUACCUUUUCCCCUGGAUCGACCGUCCUGGUCACCGGAGCCAACGCGUACAUUGGAUCGCACGUUAUCAACAUCCUCUUAGGUCUUGGGUACCGCGUUCGAGGCACUGUCCGCACUCCCAGGCCUUGGCUGAAUGAAUACUUUGAUACGCGCUAUGGCAAGGGCUUGUUUCAGACAAUCCUGAUAACGGAUAUUAGUGACCCCAGCGCAUUUGAUAAUGCCCUCACUGGAGUGUCUGGAGUAGUUCAUAUGGCCCAAGCUAUGCCAUGGGAUCCAGCAAAUAGCGAUCCCGUAGGAUACACUGUCGCUGGGACUUUGAAUAUCCUCCAAGCCGCAUCCAGGGAACCCUCGAUCAAGCGCGUGGUGCUUGCUUCAUCCAUUGUUGCCGCUGGCUAUCCCGAAGGCAAUAAGCCUUUCAAGUUUGACACUGAUUCUUGGGAUAAUUCUACACCAGAAACAGCAAUUUCGAUAUACACUGUUUGCAAGACUGAAGGCGAGCGACAGGCCUGGAAAUGGAUGACAGAGAAUCAACCUUCAUUUGUACUGAACACAGUUCUCCCGUGGAUGAAUUUUGGUCGAACUCUUCACCCCGAAAUUGGUAGCUCAGGUCACAAAUGGAUCAGGGGCCUUCUAAAGGGGGAUACCUUUCCGUUCAAGGUGGUUCCCAUCCCAUGGUUCAUCGAUGUCGAAGACUCCGCGCGGCUACACGUUAUUGCGUUGCUGAGCACGGAAGUCAAUUCGGAACGAUUAUUUGGGGCCGCGGCGCCUUUUGUAUGGAGCGAUAUAACUCGCAUUAUGAAGAAGGCGGAUCCAAAGAACAUGCUCAUUCCAGAUGCUCCACAGGCGGAAAAGGCGAGUCUGGGAGAAGUGGUUCCAGCUCAACGAGCCGAGAACCUCAUUCGUACCUUCUUUGGAAGACCUGGCUGGACUACUCUUGAAGAUUGUAUUAAAGCAACUGUGAAGACUGCGUGA